AUGAAAGGAGGUGAAACAGCAGCCGGUGUUGCUGAGACCGGAAGUAAACAAUCAAAGGAAGGGGUUGUGGAUUCGAAGGGUGACGCCUGGUCCCUCGUCUUCCUUAUUUUGUCUACAAUUGCGAUGGCCCUUGUAAUCAGCAGCAGUUUAGUAACCCUCGUUGUGCGAAACAACACAGUUGCUGACACCUUCUUGGAACUAUACAUGUUGGUGUUCGCCUUCUUGGGCCUGUCGGCAGAGUUGCGUAGAUUUGAGGGCAUCCGCCGUGGAGUUUAUUUGUGGCUUAGGUACUUCUACUUCCUCACAACAUAUUCGGGGCGAGGCCUCUUUUACAUUUUCCUGGGUGCUAUUGCUGUUGGUGGCACACCGCUCCGAUACACAUCUUGUGUGAUUACCACAGUUCUUGGCUUCCUCAUGUUUGUUGUGAAUUGCUUUGUAAACCUUCCCGUAUAUAAAGAUCAGUGA